AGCGUCAUUACUGCCUGUGUAGCAACACGAAGCUGCAGCAUUCCGCUCUGUUGGCCACUCUCGGCUUCGACCUGUUUCAUAUUUCAUAAUGGCAUUAGACGGUCCAGAUCCACAGAGCUUGAAUACAUGGCAGGAUGCAUUCCAGUAUCCAAUUCCUACUGUGCGCCGUGUGGAACAGGAGCUCCGUCGGGACAUCGCCAGCAAUAAGGAGAAGCUCCGAGCUCUCGUUGGGACGAGAUAUCGAGAGCUUGUUGGAACCGCCGAAACGAUCGUAUCGAUGAACCGCGAGAUGCAGGAAGUCGAUGCGACCCUGGCAGAUAUCGGACGAAGAUGCAACCCACGAUUAAUGGAAAAGAAAGUUACACAUUUCAGUCAGAUCAAAGGAGAUGUUCACGACAAAGGCGCAACCAAACAAGCCGUUGGGGCUCAGCUUGCUUUACUUCAUCGUUGUGAGACGGCUAUAUCUCGGCUACUGAGGAGGCGUGUUUCUCUUCUUCUGGGAGCUAAGCUUGUGGUUGUUUCUCGACUCCUGCAUAAAGCACUGUCCCAGCAAAAUACGGUGCCCCCGUUUCUCGAAAGCCUCCGGAAUCAAAUAGCUUCCUUGAGGCAGACCCUUUUGAGAAGGGUCAACAAGUGCCUAGCCUCAGCUUCAUCAACAGCAGAUGAUAUUAUUGAGGUCCUAGCUUCUUACUGCCUAGCUACGAGCUCCUCCUCCGAAGAUGCUAUUCGUCACUUUCAUAGGGUACGAGAGGAGGUCAUUGAGAGCCAACUAGGGCUUGACGACCCGUCAGGAGGGAACAUUCUGAAGGCUCUGGGACUAUAUGUUAGUACACUUCAAAUAUCCAAGAUCUUACUUUCCCGUCGACUAUCAGAUGUUCUUGGCAAAUUGAAAGCACGCCCUAUCUUGACUGAUCCGGAAAUUCACAAUCUUGAUGACCUUAGUCUUGAUGUUCUGGGGCGUUGGGUGCCACCCGAUGUGACUAACUUCACACCAUGGAUUAAAUUGAGUGAGCUGUCCAAGUCCGAAGUGGAGAAAACGCUGAAAAAAUGGUCGAAGCAAGCCUUCGAAAAGUUUGUCCAAGGUUGUCAGAUGAACUUGAAAAGCUGGCCGAACUUCGCAGAGUUGCUUUCGCUUCGUGAAAAAGCCUUGGAAUUCUGGCUUCGCUCUUGGGCCUCAACAAUCACACAUUCAUCUCUUCAAGUGUUAGAAGGCAUUCGAGGGAUAUUCAACAAUCGUCUGAUGGAUAUCUUAUCUGAUCAGGCUAGGUCGUUGGCGGACUUUGGCCAGGAUGUCACAUCCAAGAUCUCAACUUGGGACAACACAGACCACGCAGUCUCUCAGUCACUUUGGGAUCAUGAACUGAUGGUAUCCGAUUACUCAAAUGGUGCCGACGCCUUCAAAACAGCCAUUUCUGAUAGACUCCUUGGUCGUGAUGAAGAGGUUUCUAAUAUCUUAAGGGGAUAUCAAUCUUGGCUCACGUCUAUUGAAAGAUCCAAAGAGUCCAUUGAUGAACUACGGCAGAUUCGGUGGAAUGACAUUAUCGAGGAGGGCGAAGAUGAAGACUUUGAUCUAGAUACCACAGCGGCAUUAAACGAAGAUGACCCUCGACUGCUACACGGUGCACUUGAGUCUGCUGUCAGGAAAGCCUUCGAUGCUCUUCAAUCUUCAUUCGGCGAUGCCUUCCAAGCCUUUGGAGACUCGAAUCAUAGUGGAAAGGCUGCAUUUAUUCUUAGACUCAUCAGGCUCGUUCGGCGAGGCCUCCCCCACCAACUUAUUGCCGGUGGAUUUACGUUCGCCAAAGAUAUUGUUCCUCAAUUGCAGGAAAUGCUUGCUACUGAGGUGGUCACGCAGGCAUCUCCGUCGAAAUUGCUAGCCAAACCGGGUUCUCGGGUUCCAGGCCGAAGCCUUUGGGAAGGCGAUCCUGAACUUCCAAUCCAACCAUCCCCCUCUACUUUCAAGCUUCUACGUCGACUUGUAGGAUCCAUGGAUCGUUGCGGCCCCGGGCUUUGGGAUGUCACAACUGUCCAAGUUCUCAAACGAACCUUACAAGGGGAGCUCUCAAACGCUAUCACCUCGGGUAUUAAAACUCUGAGUUCUUGUGACACCGAAAAUAGCAAAGAAAAUACUGCGUCUGAUAGCGGGGAAACCCCCAGUGAAGGUCAAAACGGUGAUGAUGAGGAGCGGGCAAAGGGUGACGACGUAAGCGAGUCUCGAAAUGCUCGUCAUUCAAAACUUCAACUCUAUUAUGAUACUGCCUAUCUGAAGAAUGCAUUGGCAGUGAAGGAUUCUGGGCAGAAUCUACUAAGGGGCGUUCUAGAAAAGCUUCGCAGCGAUGUUGGAUCUGCGGAUAACGCUGCCAUGACCAUGGAACAUAAUGCUGCGGAGUAUUGGAAGCGUACCCAGCUGUUGUUCGGGCUUUUAGCAAUUGGCGCGGAGCAAUAAGCUGGCCGUCGUUUUAUUCUAAGAUACGGAGAGGUAGAUAGUGCUAGAAGAAGUCC